CUAAAGCAUCAACCAAACAGCCCCUUAACAGUGACACUCUUCUCUUUUUCCCUCUCUUGGAAUAGCUCUGCUAAAUUUUCUCUGCGUAUAUUUAUCCAAAAAAAAAAAAAAAAUCUCUGCGUAUCGACAAAGCUAAUCAACAAUGGCGGAACCCAAAACCAAAUACGAUCGCCAGCUCAGAAUCUGGGGUGAGCAAGGGCAAGAAGCCCUCGAGAAAUCAAGCAUAUGUUUGUUGAACUGCGGGCCCACCGGUUCAGAGACCUUGAAAAAUCUAGUUCUUGGUGGAGUUGGAAGCAUUACUGUUGUUGAUGGCUCCAAAGUUGAGCUCGGGGACCUCGGGAAUAACUUUAUGGUGGACGAGUCGAGUGUUGGGCAAUCGAAGGCGAAAACGGUCUGUGCCUUUCUGCAGGAGUUGAACGAUGCAGUGAAGGCAAAAUUCAUUGAAGAGUAUCCCGAGAAGUUGAUCGAAUCCAAUCCAUCCUUCUUUUCACAGUUUACUUUGGUUGUUGCCACGCAGCUUGUUGAAUCUUCAAUGGUGAAAUUGGAUAGAAUCUGUCGUGAAGCCAAUGUCAUAUUGAUAUUUGCACGUUCUUAUGGCCUUACUGGUUUUGUUCGUAUCAGUGUGAAGGAACACGCUGUGAUUGAAUCAAAGCCUGAUCACUUUCUAGACGAUCUUAGGCUAAAUAACCCAUGGCCAGAGCUUAGGAGAUACGCAGAAUCAAUUGAUUUGGACACAGCUGAUCCUGUUGCUCAUAAGCACAUUCCUUAUGUUAUUAUUCUCAUUAAGAUGGCAGACGAAUGGACAAAAACUCACAAUGGAAAACUUCCGUCAACAAGGGAAGAGAAAAAAGUAUUUAAGGAUUUAAUUAAGGCCAAGAAGAUUGCAACGGAUGAAGACAAUUACAAAGAAGCCAUGGAAGCUUCAUUCAAAGUCUUCACUCCUCAAGGAAUUAGUUCAAGCCUACAGCAAAUAAUUAAUGAUGGCUGUGCCGAUGUCAAUUCCAACUCUUCAGAUUUUUGGGUGAUGGUGGCAGCUCUAAAGGAAUUCAUAGCUAACGAAGGAGGCGGAGAGGCACCUCUGGAGGGAGCUAUCCCGGAUAUGACAUCUACAACUGAGUUAUACGUCUCCCUACAGAAGAUCUACCAGGCUAAGGCUGAGGCCGAUUUUCUCGUCAUGGACAAGCUCGUCAAGAAAAUACUGAAGAAGCUAGGUAGAGACCCGGAAAGCAUCUCGAAAGCAACCAUAAAAGGUUUCUGCAAAAAUGCUAGGAAACUUAAGGUAUGCAGAUAUCGCAAGAUUGAGGAGGAGUUCAGCUCGCCGGUUCAAUUAGAGCUACAGAAGUAUCUUACCGAUGAAGACUACUGCACUCCAAAUUCGCGGUGCAGUAUUGCCGUUGGAUUCUACAUUCUUCUACGAGCUGUGGAUCGUUUCGCUGCAAACUACAAUAGCUUCCCGGGGCAGUUUGAUGGUGAGAUGGACGAAGAGAUCUCCAGAUUGAAAACAACGGCUGUUUCCCUACUCAACGACUUGGGCUGCAACGGAUCAACCCUGACCGAAGACCUCAUCAAUGAAAUGUGCCGUUAUGGCGCUGCAGAACUUCAUGCUGUGGCUGCCUUCAUUGGAGGAGUCGCCUCACAGGAGGUGAUCAAGCUCAUCACCAAACAAUUCGUUCCAAUGAGUGGGACUUUCAUCUUCAACGGUGUGGACCAUAAAUCACAGCUGCUGUUGCUCUGAGCUCGAACGAGCAACAGGUGCGUACUGUGCUAUCUCUAAUCCGAAGGGUUCGUUUCCUGCCAUGAUGCCUUUCGAGUUUUCUGUGUGAAAAAAUCUCAUAUCUUACUCAGCAAAAGCGCCCUAACAUCAUCAACCUCGACAACGCUGAAUUUUUCAACGAUGCUACUAACCUUUCUUGAGGCGCGAUUUUUAUAUAGAUGGCUGGGCGCCUGCGUCCAUGAGCUGCAUAAAACGUCGUGGCCUUCCUCUCUUCCUCGUAUCGUUGAGUUCUUGAAUUAAUAGAGAGACUUUGCCACCAUUGUUAUCUGUUCCGUUGUUGUCGUUGUCGAGCUAUUUAUACAGGUUGAAGAUAAGAUUCGAUGUUGAAAUAAAAACAUAAAUCUUUCUAUAUUUGAUGGAUAGAUUUAUCGGUAUGAAUGAGUAGUGGCAGUUUUUGAGUGAGAAAUGGCUGUGGAGUGGAAAUUAGGUUGAACCAUUAAUCUAUCUACAUGUAUAAUGUAUUGGAAAUGCAACUUUCAGUUUGAAAUUAAUUUCAAAUUGAUUUUGAAUGGUAA